GCCUGGGCGUCUUCUCCUUCUACGUCUCGGCCUCGCUCUAUGUCAUCAUCAUGAUGAACUGGCUCAUGAUGGUUCACAGUCUCCCGACGCAGAUGUCUGCCAACGCGCGCCUGCUCGAGGAGCUCACCGAGCGCGACUUCAUCGCCGAGUGGCCUCGCAGGCAGUGGCUGCACGUCCUCCUCUUCUUCGACGACUUCAUCGGCGUCUCCGCCGAGAUCUACGAGGCGCGCUACCGCACCGUCUCGGGCAAGCACGAGCGCUGGUACAACUCGUCCAUCGCCUCCAUCCUCCGCCACCUCGAGCUUCCCUCGCACGCGACGACGCCCGGCGAGAAGGGCGCGGAGCGCAGGCGGCGCGUGAAGCCGCGCAGCAGAGGCGGCUCCUCCGACGGCGCCUCGAUGCUCGGCGCGCACAACAACGUGCUCGAGUCGGACGCGAUGUCGCCCAUCGACUACCACGCGAGCGGCGCAAUCUCGCCCGAGGAGGAGCUUUCCGAGAGGUCGCUCAGGCUGCAGCAGGACAGGCCCACGUACUCCGACCCGCGGCGUCCGUCGAGGUGACGACGGCCGCGCACAAAUUGACGCACAAUGUCCACUAUCUACUCCGAGAGUCAGUGCGGGACGGUGUACUGUGUUACCGUACUUUUGUUCUCUGUGAAUGUUCGAGCGAACAC